AUGUUCCUUCUUCCACUGAUUCUCUUGGUUCUGCCAAGUGUUGCAUUGUCACAGGUUGUUCCUUGCGUGGAAGGUAAGGAAUUUCUAGACACAUAUGGAGCGUUAUACGAGCACAAUGUACUGAGGAACCAUUUUGCUACCCGGAACAUCAAAAAAGGAGUUUAUGGUAACCUUCCAGGAACGAAAAACAUGUUCAAACUGAAUUACGACUGUACUCUUGAAAGUCUUGCAAAAGCUGUAAUCAGCACAGAAUGCACUCGAAACACCAGAUUCGACCUCAAACUUCUAGGAUAUAGCACCAACUUCUACUCGGAAGUCUAUAUUGAUAAAGAAGACCCAAAGGACGAUAUUCUCAAGCAAUUUUAUGAAUUUGCUGUGGAUGAGUGGUCUAUGGCUGAUAGCACUUCACCGCCUAUCGGUACGGAUGUGGUAUACAAAGAUGAGAGUGCUGAGAGCCUUGCCAAUAUGAUCUACUACAAGACCUUAGCCAUUGGAUGUGCGCAUAGAUACUGCUCUAAUGAAAAACACAUUGCCGUGGCUUGCGUCUAUGGAGCUGUACCGGAACUUGGGCAGCCUCUUUAUUUUGCCACUGUUACUGGAAAGAAAGGUUGCACUGCAAAUGCAAGCUGUAGAAAGGUUGUGCCCGGCUCAGCUACAAAAUGUAUUCUUGGGGAAGCGGAUGACCCUGAGGGAAAUAACAUGAAUGGUCUUUGCAGUAACGAAGACGUACAUUUUGUUGAACCUUCAUCAACAUCACCAACAUCAUCAACAUCACCAACUUCACCAACUUCGCCGACGUCAUCAACAUCACCAACAACAUCAACAUCACCAACAUCACCAACAUCACCAACAUCACCAACAUCACCAACAUCACCAACAUCACCAACAUCACCAACAUCGCCAACAGCAGGAGAGAAUGUAAUGACGGACGAACUUCGCAAUUCUUUCCUUGCAGUUCAUAACUACCGUAGAUCCUCUCUAGCUUUGGGGAAUGUUCGGAAUGGAGCGGAAGGAAACACCAAUUGCCCUAUGGCUCAAAAUAUGUAUCAAAUGGUGUACGAUAAGAGUUUGGAGACAGAAGCACAAAAUUAUGCGAAUACUUGUCCUGCCGGAGAUUCGGAUGUCUCGACGAGGCCCAAUUCUGGUGAGAAUACACACAUCCUCGACUCUGGAACAAUACCAUAUAUGGACGCGUGCGUUGCGGCUAUGCAAGCCUGGUGGAGUGAGAUUUCCGUACAGCACAUAGAUUUUUCGCAACCCUUCAGCCGAGUCUCAGCAAUGCCAGUGGCUCCCACGAAAUUUACUCAGAUGGCAUGGGCUGCUACUUACAAAGUCGGCUGCGGUAUGAGCCGUUGCAACUCCAACACCCAGACUGUCGUGGUUUGCCGCUACAGUCCACGUGGGAAUAUUGACUCGCAGUACAUCUACAAGGAUUGCGGUGAUGUCGGUGAUAGCAGAUGUGCAUGUGCAAGUUGUUGGGGUCAAUGCAGCGAAGGACUUUGCAAUGCGCCCUCGAGUUGAAAAAUGCAAUACAUGACACUCUGUGG